AUGAAAUCCACUAACAUAGCCGUUAGCUCCCGCCAAAUUUCAAAUUCAAAACCCCUCCUCUCCUCUUCAAACCUCCACCAUUUCAAACAACUCCACGCCAAGCUCCUCCGAACCGGAGAGAUCGAAGAAACCCUAACCCUCGGCAAGCUCGUCGCCGACGUCGCCACCUCCCACCCCUCCAACCUCCGCUAUGCCCACUCCCUCUUCUCCCGAACCCCCGCCCCCCUCCGCAACGCCUUCAUGUACAAUUCCAUGAUCCGCGGCUCCGCCGAGAGCCCCGACCCCGACGAAUCCGUCUCCUUCUACAAAUCCAUGCUUCGAGACGGGUUUCGGCCCAACAAUUACACCUACCCAUUUCUCCUCAAGGCGUGCUCUCGCAUCCCCGAGCACCCACACCUCGGCUGCUCCCUCCACGCCUCCGUCGUCCACCGAGGGUUCGAAGGGAAAGACCCCUUUAUACAAACCUCCCUCGUAAGUUUCUACGCUUCGAUUGUCGACAUGGACUCUGCGCGGAAGGUGUUCGAUCGAAGUCCUAAGAGAGAUGUAACCGUAUGGAACGCGCUCAUCAAAGGAUAUAUCAUGUGCUCUCGGCACGCGGACGCGGCUCGCGCGUUCAGGGUCAUGAGCGUACCGGGGGACGAGAUCACGAUGCUGAGCGUUGCAUCAGCAUUGGCGAAUCUCGGCGCGCUUGAAAUGGGGAGGUGGGUGCAUGCGUACAUUGACCGGAAUCAAAUGAACAUGACGGUGAGUCUUGCCACCGCGCUGAUCAAUAUGUAUGCAAAGUGUGGGGAAAUCGAGAGCGCACGGUACUUGUUCGAUCGAAUGCCUGGGAAGGAUGUCAGGAUGUGGAGCAUCAUGAUUAGCGGCUUCGCCAUUAAUGGGCUUGCGAAGGAGGCCUUGGACCUAUUCUCUCAGAUGAAAUCCGCUGGCUUCAAGCCCGACUCGGUGACUCUAACUGGUGUAUUAAGCGCAUGCAGUCAUGCAGGAAUGGUUCAAGAAGGGCUGCGACUUCUCGACCGGAUGGCUGCAGAUUAUCUCAUCGAGCCCACGAUCGAACACUAUGGUUGUGUUGUUGAUCUCUUAGGCAGGGCGGGGCAAUUGGAAGAAGCAUUGGCUUUGAUUAACAGGAUUUCGCUAAGUGCCGACGUCGCUCUCUGGGGUGCUCUUCUUGUAGCUUGUAGAGUCCACAAGAAUCUCGAAAUGGGGGAAAUGGUCGCGAAAGAAAUGCUAAAAUUGGAUCCUGUUAAUGCAGGGGCCAGGGUGUUUUUAUCUAAUGUAUAUGCUGCUUCUGGCAAAUGGGGUUUAGUUGAAGAUGUAAGGAAGGGAAUGAAGGAGCAAAUGAUAUAUAAGCCGCCAGGUUCUAGCUCGAUCGAAUUGGAUGGCACAGUUCAUGAAUUCUUAUCUGGCGACCGUUCACAUUCUCACUCUGAUCAGAUAUACAAAAUGCUCGAUGAAAUUUGCAAUAUAGUGAGAAGUAGAGGGCAUAAAUCGACGACCAAAGAAGUCACUUUUGAUAUUGAUGAGGAGGAUAAGGAAGCAUGUGUAUCGCAACAUAGUGAGAAGUUGGCGGUUGCAUUUGGGUUGAUUAAUACAAGGAAAGGAGCGGUCCUGAGGAUCGUAAAGAAUUUAAGGAUUUGCGAGGAUUGCCACUCUGUAAUGAAGUUGGUGUCUGAGGUAUUCGAUCGGACAAUCAUUGUUAGGGAUCGGAAUCGUUUUCAUCACUUCAAUGGUGGGUCAUGUUCCUGCAGGGAUUACUGGUGA